CCAUGUCUCUUAAGGUGAUCCUCGUAGCGUGCGUGGCCGCUGUGGCUCUGGCUGAUAAAGCUCCCGCAUACCCUAAGUAUGUCGCACCCUCGUACCAUGCCCCCGCCCCUUACAAGCAGCCUGAAUACCCUACUGCACCACCCAAGUACAACUACAACUAUGGCGUCGCCGACGGCUAUUCAGGCGCCAACUUUGCCGCCUCGGAGUCCCGCGACGGCUACAAGACCGAGGGCAGCUACACCGUCGACCUCCCCGACGGCCGCAAGCAGACCGUCAAUAUGUGGACAACGGCGACGGUCUUGUAGCUGAGGUCACCUACGAGGGCGAGGCUCAGUACCCCGAGUACAAGCCCACCUACAAGCCGGCUCCCUACAACGCUGCCCCUAAGUACCCCGUUUACUAAGGUGUACAAUCAGUCAGACAGCAGUGCUAAACACUCCUGCCUUUUGCGUCCAAUUAAAGUAUAAUGGAAAAUUAUUGAUGGGCGAUGAAUAUGUGAUAUUAUUUAAAUAUUCUUUAUAAUAAAAAGCACGCAAAGCAAUU